AUGGCCGCAAUCAACUACCUCCUCUACGAGGCCCCCAUGGGCUACGGUGUGUUCCACAUCGAGCACCAGCCCGACAGCAUUGGCCUGCGCCAGAAGGAGGCUCAGGAGACCAUUGCCGACCUUUCCAAGUUUGGCAAGAUGGUCAAGCUGGUCAACUUCACUCCCUUUGACACCGGAAAGCAGGCACUUGACGAGAUCAACCACAUCUCCGAGGGUCUCAUGUCCGACCACCUCAAGUCCGUUCUCGAGCUCAACCUCCCCCAGACGAGCGGCAAGAAGAGCAAAAUCACCAUCGCCGUGGCCGAGAAGAACCUGGCCUCCGUGAUCAAGAGCUCCUUCUCUGGCAUCGACUGCGAGACCUCUGAGACCUCCGAGGUCGCCGGCGACCUCCUCCGCGGCGUCCGCCUGCACGCCGACCGCCUCCUCAAGGGCCUGCAGACGGGCGACUCGACCGCCGCCGGCCUGGGUCUGGGCCACUCCUACUCCCGCGCAAAGGUCAAGUUCAGCACCACCAAGAACGACAACCACGUCAUCCAGGCCAGCGCUACCGUCGAGUUCCAGGACAAGGGCGUUAACCAGUUCUUCAUGCGCGUUCGCGAGUGGUACGGCUGGCACUUCCCUGAGCUGGUCAAGAUCGAGUCGGACAACCUCACCUACGCCAAGCUCGUCAUCGCCAUCGGCGACAAGGCCACCCUCACCGACGACCGUCUCCACGACAUCGCCGCCCUCGUCCAGGAGGACGGCGAGAAGGCCCAGGCCAUCAUUGACGCCGCAAAGGUCUCCAUGGGUCUGUCCAUCACCCCCGCCGAUCUGGAGAUCGUAAAGGGCUUCGCCGAGGCCGUCGUCGCGCAGGCCGAGGCCCGCCGCUCGACCGCAAACUACCUCGACAAGAAGAUGUCCAUUGUCGCGCCCAACCUGCAGACCCUCAUCGGCACCCCCGUCGCCGCCAAGCUCAUCUCCCACGCCGGCUCCCUGACCAAUCUGUCAAAGUACCCUGCUUCCACGCUGCAGAUCCUCGGUGCCGAGAAGGCCCUCUUCCGCGCCCUCAAGACCAAGAGCAACACCCCCAAGUACGGUCUCAUCUACCACUCCAGCUUCAUCGGCAAGGCCGCCGUCAAGAACAAGGGCCGCAUCUCGCGCUACCUCGCCAACAAGUGCUCCAUUGCCAGCCGUAUCGACAACUACACCGAGAACCCCAACACCAAGUACGGUGAGGCCCUGCGCCAGCAGGUCGAGGACCGCCUCGAGUUCUACGCCACCGGCAAGAAGCCCGCCAAGAACUCCGACGUCAUGGCUUCCGUCCUGGAGCAAGUCGAGGGCGACAUCACGCUCGACGACGCCGAGAUGGUUGACGCCGUCGCCGACGAGGUCAAGAAGGAGAAGAAGGAGAAGAAGGAAAAGAAGGAAAAGUCCAAGGACAAGAAGGAGAAGAAGCGCAAGCGCGAGUCCGAGGUCGGUGCCGCCGAGCCCGAAAAGGCUGACGGCGAAAAGAAGAAGAAGAAGAAGUCAAAGUCCAAGGAUGAGUAA